UAUUAUUUUGUAUUAUUCGUAUUUAAACAACAAAAUGGACGUAUCAUCCAAAAGUGUUUGUUUAUUUUCGAUUUAUUUACUUUUUAUACUAUCAUCAGUACAUGGACAGGAUAAGUGCGUUAAAAGAAAUUCGUGUAGUUGCGUAUUUCCCAAUGGCACGGGUAUUGACUUAUCCCCGUCUGCGAAGAAUUCUGUCUACACAUCGAAAACCAAUUAUGACGAGAAGAAUAAGGGCGUAGAAAUAGAAGUGACCACUUACUAUUAUCAUCCAUGCUUCGACUUAUUACUGACAAAUAUUAAUCAGUCGACGGCUAUGAAUGGGACCACUUGCAAUAAACCUUUGUCGCUGUGUAGACAUAGAAACACUUGGAAUGGAACCAUUCAAGACAAGCUUACUAAAUAUGAAGACAUUUUUGAAUUUAUGGGGAGUUCAAAUGAUACUGGUACAGGUGUUGAGUUUUCGAAUGACGGUAGAUCCAUCAAGUAUUUGAAUGAACCAUCGUCCUCGAUUGUGGAUUUGAUAUGUGCCGAAACUGAUGAUCAAUUCUAUGUUAAGGAUACAUCUGAGCCCAAACAAAUUGUACUUGCUUUCUUUUCGAGAAACGCUUGCCUUCGACAAAUCGAGUCCAGCCGCUCUGUGGGAUCCACACUGCUGAUUAUAUUCUUCUCAUUCGUUAUUUUCUACCUAGUCCUCGGAGUUUGUACCAAGAAAUUCUUGAUGGGAGCCACAGGCAUAGAAGUUAUACCAAAUCUGAUGUUCUGGACUGAAUUGCCGAAUCUUGUUAAGGACGGCUGGGCGUUCGCCCUGAACGGCUUCAAGCUGCCGGCCCGCGGGCCCGGGCCCGCCACGUCGCCCGACCCCAACAGCUACGACUCCAUAUAACAACAGCGCGACGACGCGCUGCUCGACGGACAACUCGUGUUCAUCGACUAGCCACGAACCGGUACCACACCGUUAAUGGAGAUCAUAUAG